UCGAUGCUCCCGGCGGCUGGCAUGCCUGACCGAAAGGCGAGCUCCGAGCAAAACGCGUCUGCACACUACGCACCCGUCUGCACUCCCGACUACAUAGGACCUUAACACUAACCCUUCCCGCGUCGCCGCCAUUUUUUGUUCGAGGUUAACAUGGCUGACGAAGUCAACGGGAGCUUCAACCGCGUCUGGCUCCGGGGCUUCCUUCGAGGCGUAGGACUGUCGACCGGUGCAGUUUCGGGACGCCCUCGGAACCACACUGAUGUGCAACCUGUGCGGACUGGUGGCCCGCCGGACGGCCUCGCUCCGGUGCUCACACGUGUUCUGUGAGUUCUGCUUAGAGCAGUGCACCGAUGGCGCCUUCGGUGAGGAGAGGCGGUGCGUUUUCGACCGGGACGUCUUCGAUGUCGGCACCGUACGGUGGAACGAGACCCGGCCGCUGGACCUCGUCAAGGCCAAGGUGAGAUGCUGGAACGCGAGAUAUGGAUGUGACUUCACGGGUCCACUGCGUGGUCUGCUGGAUCACUUCGAGCAGGACUGCAGCUUCCACGCGGUCAUUUGCCCCCGCUGUCAGAGCAUGCAAGUGCGCUCGAAGCUGGCCGACCAUUACCGCGGUGGAUGCGUGGCUCUUCCCACUGCCACCACCUGGGGGAGCCACCAACCUCUCAGCGACAGCGCCUCUGGCGGCGGUCGAGACGCUGCGUCGCUUGCUGUUACGCAAGACACACUCGCAGCGUUCGAGUCCAAGAUGAACGAGCUACUGGAGCACUUGCGAGCGCUGGGCACGCGAACAUCGCUCCUUCAAACAGAUAUGAGCAACGCCAAGGAGGCCCUGGAGAGACUACUGCCCGAAGGCGCCACCGGAGAAGGCGUAAGCCUGUUGGGCGUCAGCGCUGGUGCCCACAUUCCAGCAGCUCGGGCGGGCCGACUAAUGGCAUCCGGACUCGAGGCACCUCCUCUGCAAGACCGUUUUCGCGUUUCUUUAUGCGCCGCAGGGAAACGUGCACCUUGAAAAUUGCCUUCAGAAAGAGCGACGCGGAGCACUCCGCGGAAGCCGACCUGUCCUCCCCACUGGACCCGGAAGUAUGGACGACCCGAUGCGAGACUCCUGACCGCACAGUGCAUCGUGAAACUGGUGCUGCUGGAAGACGGCGCAGCUCUGAACGUCUACGCGGCGGCCGACCAAUGCGUCGACGUGUUCAACCCGUGGAUAUUGCGGUCGGUCGCAUUCGCGACGCCACGCAGGCUGUUUCCGCCACGAGGUCCUCGGUUGCUGAAACCCACUUGGCUGGUGUCGAGACAGAGUCGAGCUUCUCUGGUCGAUCAAGGAUUCGUCAGGUUCCGAUCACGUCCGCUGGAAGAGAUAUUCAGGCGCGGCUUCUACUUCCAAAGGGACGAAGAGGUCUUGAUAUUAACGGUCAAGUUGGUCCGCAAGCUUGACAUGCUUUGAAACGACACCUGAAGAAUGUUUGACGCUACGACGGGAAUACGGACAGUGUAAAGAGGCCAAUAAACAUCUUUACAUUUGGUGGAACGUGCUGGGUUCCCACAUAGCGUGCACCCUGGAACUCCGACCUCGCACUUUGGCCAAAUCUAAAGAGGUUUAUUGGGCGGCGAGCUUAACAAACAGCCGGUAGCUCGAAAGAGUACGCAGUGAGAACAAGACGGUGGUGUUCGAACCCCGAUCUUGUGCCUUCUUCUCGUGAUGAUGGUCGUCGUGUCCGGGAUGUCACUGUCUUCAUUCCUUCGUUACUUU